CCCACAUCUCCGGGACCGGUUCCGUUGCCGCAUGCGGCCUUGCGUUUCCUGCCGUCCGGACUUGGUCGUCGCUCCCUCCCACCCGCACCCCGGCCCGCUCCUUCCGCAGGAUCCUCACAAGUGACUGCGCAUUCCGCCGUUCUUUCCGGCGCCGGAUUAAAAUUUUGCUUCCUUCUGCUUCCCGGUCCCGGGCCCACGCAUUGAUCUCAUUGAUUUCAUUGAUCCCAUCGAGCCCGGAGCCGCCACUGAGUCCCUUGGCUCGGCAGAGAAACUGCUGUCUACAAUUGGCCGGUUGCUGUAUCCCUGAAUGUAUCAAUUGCGGUCCGUUCCUGUGUCGGAUUCUGGUACUGAAGGGGACACGGGACAAUCGUGGCUGGCUGACGGCGAUUGAACCUUGUCGCGUGAGGUGUUCCGGAAUCCGAGCCCCGGUGACGUCGUUUUUCGGUUCGUUCUUUGGGGCCCCGUCCGUUCGUGUUAGCCCCGAGACUGGACCGCUGGAACCUGGGACUUCCUGGCCAACCACCAAUUAAGGUCGUCGUCCACGGGCCACCGCCAACCGCCAUCACCACACCACCACCACCGCUGCCGCCACCCACCACGCGCCAACCCGUACCGCUCGCACCGCCCGUACACCGCCGCACUCUGCCGGCCCUGGAACGGCGGGGGCACACGGGGCGCUCACAGCGUACGUACGUUGGCCAUGGCGUGGGACCACCUCUCCGUCACGAAGCCGCACCUGGUGUACAUCAUCCUGGGCGGCUUCACCUCGCUGUUCAUGCUGUGCUCGUCCGUCAUCAAGGAGCGCAUGUACAUCGGCGAGGCCACCGUGGCCACCCUCUGCGGUGUCAUCUUCGGCCCCCAUGCCGCCAACCUCAUCGACCCCGAUACCUGGGGCGGCGUCGACGUUAUCACCAUCGAGUUCUCGCGCAUCGUCCUGGUCGUGCAGUGCUUUGCCGUCGGCGUCGAGCUGCCCCGGUACUACAUGGAGAAGCACUGGAAGUCGGUGGCCCUGCUGCUGGUGCCCGUCAUGACCUUCGGCUGGCUGGUCACCAGCCUGUUCGUCUGGUGGCUGAUCCCGCCCCUGAACUUCCUUGAGAGCCUCGUGGUCGCCGCCUGCGUCACCGCCACCGACCCCGUGCUUGCCUCGUCCGUCGUCGGCAAGGGUAAGUUUGCCAAGCGCGUCCCUAAGCAUCUGCGCGACCUGCUCUCGGCCGAGUCGGGCUGCAACGACGGCAUGGCCUUCCCCUUCAUCUACCUCUCGCUGUACCUCAUCCAGGACCACCAGAACGCCGGUGAGGUCACGUUCCAUUGGAUCGUCUACACCAUCCUGUACGAGUGCAUCUUCGGCGCCGUGUACGGCUUCGUCAUCGGCUACCUCGCCCGCCACGGCAUCAAGUACGCCGAGCAGCACGAGCUGAUCGACAGGGAGAGCUUCUUGGUCUUCUACUUCGUGCUGGCCCUGUUCUGUGCCGGUUCCGGCAGCAUCCUCGGCGUCGACGACCUCCUCGUCGGCUUCUCGGCCGGUGUCGGCUUCUCCAACGACGGUUGGUUCACCCAGAAGACGGAGGAGUCGAGCGUUUCCAACGUGAUCGACCUGCUGAUCAACCUGGCGUACUUCGUCUUCUUCGGCACCAUCAUCCCGUGGGAGGCCUUCAACGACGCUGCCCUGGGCCUGCAAGCCUGGAGACUGGCCGUGCUCGCCAUCUUCGUCAUUCUCUUCCGCCGGAUUCCCGUCAUGAUGGUUUUGAAGCCUAUCAUUCCCGACAUAAAAACCUGGCGUGAGGCCCUCUUCGCCGGCCACUUUGGCCCCAUCGGAGUGGGCGCCAUCUUCGUCUCCAUGCUGGCCCGAGGAGAGAUGGAAGCGGAGAACCCCGUUCCUCAACCUGAGCUGCCGGGUCCGGGCUCGCCGAACUACACGCUGGUCUCUCUGGUCUGGCCCAUCGUCUCGUUCAUCGUUGUUGCUUCCAUCAUUGUUCACGGUUCCUCGAUCGCAGUGUUUACUCUCGGCAAGCACAUCAACACCCUGACCAUCACCAUGUCGUACACGCAGGCCAACGAGGAGGGCCCGUCCUGGAUGAACCGGCUGCCUCGUAUUUCGUCGCAGUCGCGGUCGCAGGCACGGACCAUGUCGGAUACCGACGCCGAAGAGCUUAAGAUGCCCGACUUCCCUCCGGGGACCCUGCCGCCCGUCGGCUUCCCUGGAAAUUUCCUGCGCCGCGUGAAGGAGGAAGAUAGCAGCCGGCAUGGUAGCAGAUCGUCCUCGUUGGCUGCGCGGCGGCGCAAGAAGAGGUGGGACGACGGCGUCGGGCCGGGAGGUCCCAUCAGCCAGUCGGCCAUCUUCCCGCAGCGCCGCAGCCAAGCAGAACCGGUCUCACCCGGACCCCCGCGCGUCAGCACGGAGCUGCCCCGACAGGACUCAGAGCCUCUAUCGCCAAGUGCGCCGCCUACUGAGGGGCCGGAGAAGGAAACGGAACCCGACCAAUCUUCAGCCGGGACUUCUGGCCGGUCAGGCGCCGCCGAAGCUUCCCCGAGCCCGAGCGAGGAACGACGGGGCCCAGUCGAGGUCUACGACGAAGGCGAUCAUAUCGUCGUUGAGAACCGCGAAGGCGACGUGAUUUCGGUCCAGCCGAUCCAACACGACAACGUGGCUGAGCAAGCCAAGGCUCUCGCGUCUAAGCUCAAGUCGGAAACCGACCCAUCAGGGUGGACGUACGACGCUUUGAAGAAGAGAGUAAUGAAUUGGCGGGAGGCGGAGCUAGCCAAGAGAAAGGGGAAGGAAAAGAGGGCAAGGAAGGGAGAGCCAGCCCGGGCCUACCAGUUCGGUAACACGAUCAUUGUGGAGAACGAAGACGGCGAGGUUGUCAAGAAAUAUGACCUGCCGACACAAAAGCCCCAGCCCGAUCUGGUCAGCCAGGGCCUGAAGUAUAUAGGGAUGGGUGUCUUCGCCAAGGCCGUGGACAAAUCGGCCGCGGGCGCCUCGGUCGCAGGCGAAGGCCCAUCCACAGGCGGCGAGUCCUCCGCACCACGACAACGGAAAAAGAGCGUGGUGGCGGCGGAAGAAGAGGAGGACGAUAGGCACAUUCGGUUCACCAUCGCCGGCGUCGGCAAGCGGAUGACCAAGGAGGACUUCAUCCGGGAGGUGCAGAAACUCGACAAGACCACGCGGCGCGAGCUCGUCAACCACCCGGACGCACCGCAGGGGCUCACGGCGCUCGCCGCUCUCAACGUGCUGGCGGAGCGGGGCGAGACCCAGGGCCAGUCCGGCGGCGCUGGUAGCGGCAGGAAAGACCACGCCCCCGCCGGCGCCGGCCCGGUCUCGCAGACGGACGGCUCCGGCAGCCAGCAGGCCUCACGGUCAUCUUCUCCGGGGACGAAGAAGCCGACUGCUGCGGCCGCAGCCGAGACGCCGAGCAGCGAGGCGCCAGAGACGGAGGUCGAGCGCAGGCGGCGGCUGGCGGCGCUGAAGGGGGUAGUUGGCGGCGGCGGCGGCUACGACGAGGACGAGCCCGCCGAGACGGCGGCCGAACGGCGCCGUAGAGAGGCCGCGCUGGGCAUGGCGCCGCAUGGGGACGGGGAGGAGGACAGCGACGACGACGACACGCCGAGGGUGCCGCCGUCGAGGAGAUCGAUCCGGUUUGCCGACGCGCCCGAAAGGGGGAGGUCGCGAGAGUAA